AAUGCGAGACAGCUCUUCUUACAGUACUUGUGGACAUUUUGUCGGCUCAGAAAAUUAUGGACGGCACCAAACUCAGGGAAUGGUACUGCUGAGGUAGUUAAAAAGCCAGAAAAACGUCGGCAUCUAAGGCCAAAUCUUUAAGUAUAUCCAGGAGGUAGGAGACAAAUAAUCUCCCAUCAUGCCUUUGGUGACGCGAAACAUCGAACCGCGGCACCUCUGUCGCCAAACGCUGCCAAACACGAUCAAGAGUGAACUGGAGUGUGUGACCAACAUCACACUUGCAAACAUCAUUCGCCAGCUUGGAUCGCUCAGCAAGUAUGCGGAGGAUGUGUUCGGCGAGCUGUUUGUUCAAGCCAGCAAGUUUGCUGAUCGGGUCACUACUCUGGGAGAGAGAGUGGACAAGCUGCAGGUCAAAGUCACCCAGCUUGACCCUAAAGAGGAAGAAGUGUCACUUCAGGCAAUCACCAGCCGCAAAGCCUUCCACUCUAAUCUCAUCCAGGACCAGCAGCUCUUCAUCAGGGCAUCACUGCCUCAGCCCAUCAAUGAUACCUAUCUGACCUGCGAUCAGCCGCCGCCACUUGACAAGCUCAGCCCUUACAGGGAGGAUGGCAAGGAGGCUCUUAAGUUUUACACUGAUCCGUCUUACUUCUUUGACCUUUGGAAAGAGAAAAUGCUUCAAGAUACCAAGGACAUUAUAAAAGAGAAACGCAAACACAAGAAGAAGAAAGAUGACAAUGUUAACCGAAGGAACUUGAACCCUCGGAAGAUCAAAACCCGUAAAGAUGAAUGGGAACGCCAGAAAAUGGGGGCGGAGUUUGUUGUCCCCAAAACCGAUGCCUUGGGCAACUCUUCAGAAGCAUUGAACGGCAGUAUUGGCUCUGGUGAUGAUGGCUACAUGCACACUGAUAGUUAUUUGGAACAAAGCACUAACUCCUACAGCUACGAUCCCGGCUCUCCUCUCCCACCUCCAGCGCAAGAGGAUUUCCCACCUCCACCACCUGCAGACACGCAGUAUAAUGAAUCUGGUGGUGCACAUACAAAGCGUGGCAGUGUUUUAAGCCCCAGCCAUCCUCCUCCAGCUCCACCAUCUAUGCCUUCUUCCCCAGGCCGUCUGACUAUGGCUCCUCCUCUGGCUCCUCCACCGCCUCCACCUCCCGGCGGGAUGAUCCCACCUCCUCCUCCUUUAGGUUUUGAUUCGCCUCCGUCUCCUCCUCCGUUCACCGGCAAUGCUGUUUCCAUCCCGCCUCCACCGCCCAUGGAUUUGAGUAUCCCAGCUCCUCCUCCCCCACCCAUGGCUGGUGGGCCUCCUCCUCCUCCACCUCCGCCGCCUCCUCCAGGGCCUCCACCUCCAGGACCUCCUCCACCCUCUGCUCCAGGUCCACCUCCAUCAGCAGGAGUCUCUGCUCCAUCUGCACCCAAAGCUCAGCCGGCUCCAGCUGCCGGUGAUGCUCGCAGUGACCUCCUCGCAGCCAUCCGUCAAGGGUUUAACCUGCGCAAAGUGGAGGAGCAACGAGAGCAGGAGAAGCGGGAUCACAAUGGUAAUGAUGUGGCGGCCAUUCUGUCUCGCCGCAUCGCCGUGGAGUGCAGCGACUCUGAGGAUGAUUCGUCUGAGUUUGAUGAUGAUGACUGGUCCGACUGAAGCAUCUUCAUCACCUGUGCAACCACAUCAAGAUCAUUCCUGUUAGACUCGCACUUCUCAUAUUACUGUUUACUUUCAGUGUGGCCAAAAGCAAAUAAGAGGAAGCGGGCCAAAGUGUGUGUGUGUGUGUGUGUGUGUGUGUGUGUGUGUCCGGAAGGCCUAAUCUAAAUGAGAGAGUGAAUUAUUUAGUUAUUAAUCCUUCUCCGGUUUCAGAGAGCAUGGAGCUCUGUACAAUGUGGCCGAAGGUAAACUGAGAUCCUGUUCUAGUGUGUGUUUGUACGUGUGCGCAAGUGUUUUGUGUGAGAGUUUGUGGUUGCGUGUUUGUGUGGUGCGUGCAAGUAUUUGUGCGUGCGAGCGUUUGCAUAUGUGUGAGUGCAUGCGUUCGGGCAUUUGUGCAUGGAGUGAGCGUUUUUGUGUGCGUGCAAGCUUUUGUGCGUGCAAGCGUUUGUGCCUGCGAGAUUUUGUGUGUGCGUGCAAGCGUUUGUGCGUGUGGUCGUCUGACUGUUUGUGCGUGCAAGCGUUUGCGUGCGAGCGUUUGUGCAUGCAGUCGUUUGUGCGUGCAAGUGUUUGUUUAUGCACAAACGCUUGCACGCACAAACAAUUGCAUGCACAAACGCUUGCACGCACAAACGCUCACACGCAAACGCUUGCAGGCAAAAACGCACGCAAACGCUCGCACGCAAACGCUCGCACGCAAACGCUCGCACGCAAACGCUCGCACGCAAAAACGCUCGCACACAAACGCUUGCACGCAAACACUUGCACACACAAAUGCUCGGGCGCUUGCACGCACAACCGAUUGCGUGCAAGCAUUUGUGCGUGUGUGUUUGCGAACUUUUGUGCGUGCGAGCGUUUGUGCAUGCAAAGGUUUGUAUGCAAGCAUUUGUGCAUGCGAGCAUUUGUGUGUGCGAGCAUUUGUGUGUGCGAGCAACCUUUUGUGCGAGCGAUUGUGAGUUUGCAUGGGAGCGAGCGUUUACAUGGGUGCGAGCGUUUACAUGGGUGCGAGCGUUUGCAUGCGUGCGUUUGUUGGUUUGUGCUUGUGUGCACUAGUGUUUGUGCGUGUGCACAUGCACGUUAUUGUGAGCGUUUGUGUGCGAGUGUUUGUGCGUGCUUGCGUUUGUGCUUGUGUGCGCAAGUGUUUUGUGUGUGCUCGAGCGUUUGUCCAUGCGAGUGUUUGUAUGUUUGUUUGUGUGUGUGUGCGUUCGAGUGUUUGUUUGUACACACUUGCAUUUGAGUGUUUGUGUGUGUUUCCGUGUCUUCCUCUGUAUACAUCAGUAUAGAUUUAGCUAAAUCUCACCAUUAACAUUAUUCCAUAUUAAUUAAUCAACUGAAGACUUUCUGAAAACAUGGCCAGACGCCCUUUAUAAUGCAGAUAUUUCAAUAGUACGUCUUUUCUGUCUCUCGCACCUUGUACGAUAAAAUAAUUUGUUUCAUUGCCGUCUGUAUUGAUUCUCCAUGACCAAAAGUGCUUUUAUUUGUGUCCUGAACAGAACGAUGUUUGUCAGCCGCACAGUACUAGUCCUUUUCUCUCUCUCUCUCUCUCUUAUGUUCAGCCCAAGUGCCUGCUUCAUAAUGCCUGUUGUUUUAAUGCCAAAGUUUUAGAAAUUAUGCAAGAUUUUGAAAUCAAAGAAAGUGGAUUGUUUUAUUUUGAUGUAUGUGGGUAAUAAUUACGAGAUUUUUUUUCUAUCAGCAACUGAAAUAAAAUCUUAAAUAUA